AUGAAUGAGACCCUUCGGCCAUACCUUGGUAAGUCGGUGGUUGUAUACCUGGACGACAUACUGGUAUACUCCCAAACACUCGACGAGCACUAUACGCACUUAGAAGAAGUGCUCCAGCGCUUGCGGACACAGAAACUCUACGCCAAGCCGAAGAAAUGCGUAUCUGUCACCAAGGAACUGGAAUUUUGCGGCCACAUCAUCGGGGACGGCAAGGUGAAAGCGGUCGCGAUGAAGCUGGAGGUGAUUAAGGACUGGCCCCGACCCACAAACGUCAACGAAGUGCGCCGCUUCCUAGGACUGGCCACGUACUACCGACGCUUCGUCAAGGACUUCGCAAAAAUAGCGGUGGCGUUACACAACUUGACGAAGGAGGCCGACGAAGAGCUGCGCAAGCAGAAAUUCCGUCCUAUCACCUGGACCGAACAGUGCGAGGUGGCCUUUGUGCGUUUGAAGGAAGCGCUUGUUAGCGCCCCUGUUCUUGUCCAGCCCAACCGAACAAAGCCCUUCACAAUCGAAACCGACGCGUCCGAGUGGGCGAUUGGAUUCUUGCUUGGCCAAGAAGGCCAGGACGGGAAGAUGCACCCAGUCGCUUUUGACGGUCGCAAACUAAGAGGGGCAGAGUUAAACUACCCGGUGCAUGAGAAAGAGCUUCUGGCGAUCAAGGAAGCACUGCGCACCUGGGACAGGUACUUGGAGAACGGAACAAAGACCACCAUCAUCACCGACCAUGAGGGUCUCCAGUACCUAGCGACAAUCCGGGCCUACAGCAAACGCCUCGCGCGUUGGAUCGACGAGUUCCAAGGAUAA